GUUUUCCUCAGGCAGCUGUUAUCGAUACGAAACGAUCACUGGAUUAAGCUAACUCCCUAACACCAAAUCCAACGGGCCCUCCCCCCCCCCACACACACACUCACACACCAGGGUGGUGUGCCAGCAGGGGGAAAGGGAAGAAACAGGGGGGUAACAAAGGAUACUCAUGGAUGGAUGUGUGCGACGCGUGUGUGUGUGCGCGCGAGUAUGUGCCCCACCUUCCGGUUUGCGUGCGUUCGUGGCGGAGUGAGAAAGCGGCAGCAAGCAGUUUGACUCCCGGACACAGCUGCUAAGGCUCAACGGAGGAGAGAAAGUGAUCAAAAAGAAAAAGAAAGAGAGAGAGAGAGAGAGAGAGAGGAAAAUUGGGAAAAAUCGCAGCAGCGAAAGCAACAAACGACCCCAACGGAAAUCGGAGCUCGACCCGUUAAGGACAACCGGGGGGCGGGCGAGACAGAGCGAGUGUGAAAGAUAGCGAGUCGGCGAUCGACCCCGUACCAGAACAGAACCAGAGCACUCCCCAGGUGGUUCCACGAGUCAACCAACGGCUGGCCCCCGGGGGAGGAAAAGCGCAUUUUCCUCCCGCCAGUGACGCCCGACGAUGACGAACCCGCGUUCGAACACUAUCAGCCGGCCGACCGCCAUCGUUAUCGGCCUCGGCAUCGUACUGUGCGGACUCAUCGGCAGCGCAUCCGGCUUCCUCUCGUGCUCACCAUCGCCCUGCAAACAUGGCGGAACGUGUAUCAGCCGACCGAACGGCGCCUCCUACUGCAACUGUACGGCGCGCUAUACCGGUGACUUCUGCGACUUCCCGAACCCGUGCCACACGGCGGCCGGUCCGCGGUGCCAGAACGGUGGCAGCUGCGAGACCACCUUCCGCGACGGCAUCCCCUCGUUCUCGUGCCGGUGCCCGAUCGGCUACACCGCGAGCCUCUGCGAGAUACCGGUGAAGAACGCGUGCGACUCCUCGCCGUGCAACAACGGUGGCAACUGCAAGCUGAAGACCCUGGACGACUAUACCUGCGUGUGUGCGACCGGCUACUCGGGCAAACACUGCGACAAGCAGAACCUGUGCGCGUCGUCACCGUGCCGGAAUGGCGGCACCUGUACGCUCUCACCGAACGGUCACGUCAAGUGCUUCUGUCCGAAGGGCUUCCGAGGGCUCCACUGCGCGGACGACAUCGACGAGUGCGUCAAGAACCCAUGCGAGAACAACGGCAAAUGCGUGAACACCCACGGAUCCUACCAGUGCAUGUGCGAACCGGGCUACACCGGCAAGAACUGCGAAUCGGGCUACAUUCCGUGCUCACCGUCGCCGUGCCAGAACGGUGGCACCUGCAAGCAGUCGACGAAGUACUCCUACGAAUGCAAAUGUCCUCCCGGCUUCCAGGGUAAAAACUGCGAGGAGAACACCGACGACUGCCCGGGCAACCUGUGCCAGAACGGGGGCACGUGCGUGGACGGCAUCAACGCCUACCACUGCAGCUGCCCGUCCAGCUUCACCGGCGAGUUCUGCGAGAACGACGUGGACGAGUGUGCGCUGCGGCCGUCGAUCUGCCAGAACGGGGCGACCUGCACCAACACGCACGGCAGCUACAACUGCAUCUGCGUGAACGGCUGGAACGGGCCGGACUGCAGCAACAACAUCGACGACUGCGUCGAUGCGGCCUGCUUCAACGGUGCGACCUGCAUCGACGGUGUCGGCAGCUUCUACUGCCGCUGUACGCCCGGCAAGACGGGCCUGCUGUGCCAUCUGGAUGACGCCUGCACCUCGAACCCGUGCCACGCGGACGCCAUCUGCGACACCAGCCCGAUCAACGGCUCCUUCACGUGCUCGUGCGCCGUCGGCUACAAGGGCAUCGACUGCUCGGAGGACAUCGACGAGUGCGACCAAGGUUCCCCGUGCGAGCACAAUGGUAUCUGCGUCAACACGCCCGGUUCGUUCGCCUGCAACUGCUCGCAAGGGUUCACCGGGCCGCGGUGCGAGACGAACGUCAACGAGUGCGAGUCCCAUCCGUGCCAGAACCAGGGCAGCUGCCUGGACGACCCAGGAACCUUCCGUUGCGUGUGCAUGCCAGGAUACACCGGCACGCAGUGCGAGAUUGACAUCGAUGAGUGCGCGACGAACCCGUGUCUGAACGGUGGCAUCUGCCGCGAUAUGGUGAACUCGUUCAAGUGCACGUGCGCCAUCGGCUUCUCGGGGCUGCGGUGUCAGAUCAACAUCGACGACUGCAUGUCGCAGCCGUGCCGGAACGGAGGCAUCUGCCACGACUCGAUCGCCGGCUAUACGUGCGAGUGCCAACCCGGCUACACGGGGCUGUCGUGCGAGACGAACAUCAACGACUGCCAGUCGAACCCGUGCCACCGGGGUGCCUGCAUCGACGGGGACAACUCGUUCACCUGCCUGUGCAGCCCGGGCUACACCGGCUACCUGUGCCAGAUCCAGAUCAACGAGUGCGAGUCCAACCCGUGCCUGUUCGGCGGACACUGCGAGGACCUGGUCGGUGCGUACGUCUGCCGCUGCCAACCGGGCACGUCCGGACCGAACUGCGAAGUCAACGUGAACGAGUGCCACAGCAACCCGUGUCGGAAUGGGGCGAAGUGCAUCGACGGCAUCAACCGCUACACGUGUCAGUGCGUACCGGGCUACACCGGCUUCCACUGCGAGACGAACAUCAACGAGUGCGCGUCGGACCCGUGCGCCAACGGAGGUGUGUGCAUGGACCUGGUGAAUGGGUUCCGGUGCGAGUGCCCGCGCGGCUACUUCGACGCGCGCUGUCUCAGCGACGUGGACGAGUGUGCCUCGAACCCGUGCAUCAACGGUGGUCGGUGUGAGGACGGCGUCAACCAGUUCAUCUGCCACUGCCCACCAGGCUACGGUGGACGGCGCUGCGAGAUCGACAUCGACGAGUGCGGCUCGAACCCGUGCCAGCACGGUGGUAUCUGCCGCGAUGGCCUCAACUCGUACACCUGCCAGUGCAUGCCCGGCUACACGGGGCGCAACUGCGAGAUCAACGUGGACGACUGCGUGGCCAACCCGUGUCGCAACGGCGGCUCUUGCAUCGAUCUGGUCAAUGGCUACAAGUGCGUGUGCCGUGGCCCCUACACCGGGCGCGACUGCGAGUCGAAGAUGGACCCGUGCCUGCCGAACCGCUGCCGCAACGGUGCCAAGUGCUCGCCGAGCCCGAACUAUCUCGACUUCGCCUGCUCGUGCACGCUCGGCUACACCGGCCGGCUGUGCGACGAGGACAUCAACGAGUGUGCGCUGUCAUCGCCGUGCCGUCACGGGGCGACCUGCCGCAACACGAACGGCUCAUACCACUGCAUCUGCGCGAAGGGCUACGAGGGGCGCGACUGCACGAUCAACACCGACGACUGCGCGUCGUUCCCGUGCCAGAACGGUGGCACCUGCCUGGACGGGAUCGGCGACUACACGUGCCUGUGCGUGGACGGGUUCGAGGGCAAGCACUGCGAGGUCGACAUCAACGAGUGCCUGUCGAUGCCGUGCCAGAACGGGGCCACCUGCAACCAGUACGUCAACUCGUACACAUGCACCUGCCCGCUCGGCUUCAGCGGCAUGAACUGCCAGACCAACGACGAGGACUGCACGGAGAGCUCGUGCAUGAACGGUGGCACCUGCAUCGACGGCAUCAACAGCUACAACUGCUCGUGCGAGACCGGCUACACCGGCUCGAACUGCCAGUAUCGCAUCAACAAGUGCGACUCGCAGCCGUGCCGGAACGGGGCGACGUGCCACGACUACGAGAACGACUACACCUGCCACUGCUCGUACGGCUACACCGGCAAGCAGUGCAUGGACUACGUCGACUGGUGCGCGCAGACACCGUGCGAGAACGGGGCGACGUGCAGCCAGCAGGACAACACCUACCAGUGCCAGUGUGCGGCCGGCUGGACCGGGAAGCUGUGCGACGUCGAGAUGGUGUCGUGCAAGGACGCGGCCACGCGCAAGGGCGUCGACGUGAAGCACCUCUGCCACAAUGGGACGUGCGAGGACUUCGGCAACUCGCACCGGUGUCGGUGCAAUCACGGCUACACCGGCUCGUACUGCCAUCAGGAGAUCAACGAGUGCGAGUCGCAGCCGUGCCGGAACGGGGGUACGUGCCAGAACCGGGUCGGCUCGUACCGGUGUAUGUGCCGGGCCGGGUUCCAGGGUCGGAACUGCGAGCUGAACAUCGACGAGUGCAAGCCGAACCCGUGCCGCAACGGCGGCAUCUGCCACGAUCUGGUGAACGGGUACAAGUGCUCCUGCCCGCCCGGCACCAUCGGCGUGCUGUGCGAGAUCAACACGGACGACUGCACGCCGGGCGCGUGCCACAACAACGGCAGCUGCGUGGACAAGGUCGGCGGGUUUGAGUGCCGCUGCCCGCCCGGCUUCGUCGGUGCCCGCUGCGAGGGCGACAUCAACGAGUGCCUAUCGAACCCAUGCUCCAACCCGGGCACGCUCGAUUGCGUGCAGCUCGUGAACGACUACCACUGCAACUGCAAGCCGGGCCACAUGGGCCGGCACUGCGAGAUCAAGGUGGAUUUCUGCGCCAACAGCCCGUGCCUGAACGGGGGCCAGUGUUCGACGCGCCAGUCCGGCCACCAUUGCGUGUGCGCCGAAGGUUACUACGGCAAGAACUGCGAGUUCAGCGGGCACGACUGCGACUCGAACCCGUGCAUCAACGGACUGUGCCAGAUCGCGGACGACGGUGGGUACCGGUGCGACUGCCCGCUCGGCACGAGUGGCGUCAACUGCGAGAUCGACAUCCUGGACGAGUGCGGCUCGGGCCCGUGCGAGAAGGGGGCACUGUGCCAGAACAAGCUCGGCGACUUCGAGUGCCUCUGCCCGCCGAAGUGGAACGGCAAGACGUGCAACGUGUACGACACGCAGUACACCGGAUGGUACGAUACGAGCGGGCAGGUGCCGCGGGGCAGCGGUGUCGGCGGCGGUAAGCCGACCAGCGGGGCCCUGCCGAACAUCUACGCGAUCGACCUCGAGUACCAGCGGGCGCAGUGCGCGAAGAAGGGCUGCCGGGAGAAGCAGGGCAACCAUCGGUGCGACGAGGAGUGCAACACGUACGCGUGCGACUUCGACGGCAACGACUGCUCGCUCGGCAUCAACCCGUGGCGCAACUGCACCGCCAGCAUCAACUGCUGGGAGGUGUUCAUGGACGGCUUCUGCAACGAGGAGUGCAACAACGUGCAGUGCCUGUUCGAUGGGCGCGACUGCGAGAAGAAGCUGCAGCCGUGCAAUCCGAUCUACGACGCCUACUGCCAGAAGCACUACGCGAACGGCUUCUGCGACUACGGCUGCAACAACGCCGAGUGCAACUGGGACGGGUUGGACUGCGAGAGCGAGAAGGAACCGGCGCAGCUGGCCGAGGGUGCCAUCUCGAUCAUCCUGCUGAUGGACGCGGCCACCUUCCGCGCGACGGCAGUGCAGUUUUUGCGUGACCUCGGCCACCAGCUGCGCACGACCGUGCGGAUCAAGCGGAACGCAGCCGGCAUGGAGAUGAUUUACCCGUGGAAGGGCGGCACCGCGCUGCAGGGCCUCACCGAUAGCGAGUUCGGGCGGAAGCACCACGUCGUGUACACGGAGACGCGCCAGACCGGCAUCCAGGUGUACCUCGAGCUGGACAACCGGAAGUGCAUCGGCAUGAGCGGGGCGGAGUGCUUCGGGACGGCGAACGAGGCGGCCGAGUUCCUGGCGGCGACCGCCUCCAAGCACUCGCUGUCGAAGCAGUUCCCCAUCUACCAGGUGAAGGGCGUCAACCCGGACGAUCCGGAGGGUAUGCCGGGCUCGACGAACGUCAACUACGUGCUGGGCGGGUUCUUCGGCCUGCUGGCGCUCGCGUUCUGCACCGUGCUGGUGGUGAACCGGAAGCGCGCCCAUGGCAUCACCUGGUUCCCGGAGGGUUUCUUCACCGCCAACACGAACGUGCGGCGCCCGUCGAGGCGCCGACCGGACGGUCAGGAGAUGCGCAACCUCAACAAGAACCCAUCCAUGGUGGACAUGGUGGUGGGGAAUGGAGGCGGCGGGGUGCACGGUGGUAUGGGGCACUCGCAGCAGUGGUGCAACAGUGACGACGAGUCGGAGAUGCCGACGCAACGGAAGCGUAUGCGGGCGAUCGACCAGGGCUACUCGAGCGACCACACGGCCAUCACCGACUACGAGGAGACGGAACCGCGCGUUUGGGCGCAACAGCACUUCGAGGCGGCUGACAUCCGGGACCAUCCGGCGAUGAUGACGCCACCGACGCACCACGACGGGGAUGUGCGGGACGUCGACAUCCGUGGGCCGUGCGGCAUGACCCCGCUAAUGGUGGCGGCGGUGCGCGGCGGAGGGCUCGACUCGGGCGAGGACAUCGACACGACGGACGACUCGGCGGCACAGAUCAUCUCGGAGCUGGUGGCGCAGGGUGCGGAACUGAACGCGACCAUGGACAAGACGGGCGAGACGUCGCUUCAUCUGGCGGCGCGGUACGCGCGGGCCGACGCCGCCAAGCGGCUGCUGGACGCGGGCGCCGAGGCGAACAGCCAGGACAACACGGGCCGGACGCCGUUGCACGCAGCGGUGGCGGCUGACGCGAUGGGCGUGUUCCAGAUACUGCUGCGCAACCGGGCGACCAACCUGAACGCGCGCAUGCACGACGGCACCACGCCGCUCAUCCUCGCUGCCCGGCUCGCCAUCGAGGGCAUGGUGGAGGACCUGAUCACGGCCGAUGCAGACAUCAACGCGGCCGACAACAGUGGCAAGACGGCGCUACACUGGGCCGCUGCGGUGAACAACGUCGACGCGGUCAACAUCCUGCUCACGCACGGCGCCAACAGGGACGCGCAGGACGACAAGGACGAGACGCCUCUGUUCCUGGCGGCCCGCGAGGGUUCGUUCGAGGCGUGCAAGGCGCUGCUGGACAACUUUGCCAACCGAGACAUCACCGACCACAUGGACCGGCUGCCACGCGACGUCGCCAGCGAGCGGCUUCAUCACGACAUCGUGCGUCUGCUCGACGAGCAUGUGCCACGGUCGCCGCAGAUGAUCACCAGCAUCCCGACCGGAAGCGGCAACAGCACGACCGGCGGUGGUGGUGGCGGAGGCGGUGGUGGCGGGGGUGGUGGCCUCGGAGGUGUCGGCAUUGGCCCGGGUACGAUCAUGUCCCCGACGCACGCACACAUGAUCACCCACCCGACGAUCAUCGCGUCGGCGAAGCAGAGCAAGCAGAAGAAGCAACGCCAGCAGAAGCUGAACGCGUCCGCUGCGGCCGGAUCGGCGGCGGCAGCGGCAGCAGCGGCGGCGGCAGCUGCGGCAGCCAUCAUGGGCGGCAGUGGACCGUCGGCGCUCGGCCAGAACCCGAACAGCCCGCAGGACGCCGGCUCCGUCGCCAGCAACGGGCUGGUGAACGAGCUCGUCGCCGGCAGCAUACGACGCAAGGCGGUCGCCAAGAAGCCCCAGAACGCUGCCAACGGUGGCAAGAAGCAGCAGCAGAGUGCGCUCACCGACCUCGGUCUGGCGGACGAUCAGCUCAGCUCGGUCGAGUCGCCGCUGGCCAACCUCAACAGCCCGUACGACUCGGUCAGCCUCUACUCGAACGCCAUGACGGUGCAUCAGCUCGAGGUGAUCAGCCCGAACGGUGCCGGAGGUGGGGGCGGCAACGGUGCCAACGGUGGAGGCCUCAUGCCAAAGAAACCUCCCAGCUACGAAGACUGCAUAAAGAGUGCGCAAUCGAUACAAUCACUGCAGAGCAUCCAGCACGAUUAUGGAUACGCGCUCGGGGGCAACCCUGUCGGCGGUGGCAACCAGUUCUCCGAUCUGCUGAUGAGCCAGCAGCAGCAGCGAACGCAGCUGAACAACGGUGGCCCGAUGGCGACCGGCGGCGGCGGCAACGGUAUGAUUCCGACCGGCAACCUGAUGCAUGCGGCCCUGCACACAAUGGGCGAGAGCGGGUUGAGCCCGCCGUACUCCAACCAAUCGCCACCGCAUUCGGUCCAGAGCAAUAUGGCGCUGUCGCCUCAGGGCUAUAUAGGUUCGCCUUCGCCGGCGAAAACGCGCCCCAGCCUGCCGACGUCCCCGACGCACAUGCAGGCGAUGCGGCACGCGCAACAGCAGCAGAAGCAACACAUACAGAUGAUCUCCAGCGGCAACCUCCAGCAACAGCAGCAGCAGCACCAGCAGCAGAACGGCAACAGCUUAGGCUGCAACGGUGGAGGCCAGCAGCAGGUGCAGCAGCUGUCCGGGCUGGGCAGCAACAAUGGCGGCGGGGGUAACAACACAUCCAACAGUGCAAUGCUGGCCGGUCUGCAGAUGAACUUCAACGGUUCCUCUGGUCUCGAGCUGGCCGGAUUCUGCAGUCCAACUGGUCAAGGAUCUCAAGCAUCGACCUCUCAGAACAAUACCGGCACGGCCGCGGCCCACCUUUCACCGCUGAGUCAGCAGCAGCAGCAAGUACUUGUGAUGGUUCAGCAGCAGCAGCAAGCUCAGCUCAACAAUCAACAGCACCAGCAGCUGCAGCAGCAGCUUCAGCAGCAGCAACAGCAGGUGCAGCAGCACCAGGUGCAACAGGUGCAGCAGCAGCAACAGCAGCAGGUACAGCAGGUACAGCAGCAGCAACAGCAGCAACAGCAGCAGCAGCAGCAGCAGCCGUCCUUCUAUCAAUACCUGACGCCACCGAGUCAGCACAGUGGCGGCGUGACGCCGCAGCAUCUGGUGCCAACGCUCGACAGCUACCCGACGCCCUCGCCGGAGUCGCCCGGCCACUGGUCAAGUUCCUCGCCGCACUCGACGUCCGACUGGUCCGAGGGUGUGCAGUCGCCGGCGAACAACGUGUACGUGACGAGCGCCGGCGGCCACCAGGCCAACAAGGGCUCCGAGGCGAUCUACAUCUGAGAGAUCCGCCAGCCCCGAACAGCACCGCUCACAUGACACAGCAUUAUCACACUCGAGGCCAAAGGAGGAGACACGUUAUAUGAUGCGUUUGUUGGUGCUGUGCUCGAGUGGAAGCAGCCCCAGCUUGUCCCGAGCUUCUUCCACGAGCUCGAGCUAGCCUCUCCUCCCAUUUUUUUUUAAAAUACUAAACGAAAUGUCCUCAUGACGGCGGCACCCACCGCCGGUAGUUAUACUCGAAGCAAACACAAAAACACUCCCACACAGAGAUAAGACAGUCUUAAAACUGAUUAAUGCUUGUUAGGUACUAGAAGAAUAGCUUUUUUAUUUUUUUAUAUUUUCAUAUUUUAAUCCGCACAACGCAAGCGGAAAACCAGCCGCGGUUGGUAGUGAUUAAAAGUGGAGCGGGUUAUCACCCUGGAUAUAUACUUGACCACGCGCGCCUGGUGUGUUGUGUAAAAACAGGACGAGCAAAGGAAGGAGAAAACAACUCAAAAACCAGAUACGACAAAGGCGGAGAACGAUGUAAUAUUAGAGAAAAGCGCGAAACUUCGGACGACGUCUGUUUUAGCUCCUUUAUUUUUCUUUUAGCGAAUAGUGUAGCCAACAGAGCCCCCUUUUCCCCACACCACUCCCUUCAGAGCGUAAAGUGAAUGUUUAUUUGGUUAGAGAGCCCCCGGGGUUAGCCGAAAGGGCCGAGCCGAAGCGAGUUAAGGGAAGCAGGACGCGUUGAUCCUUUGUUUUUUUAACAACCCGGUGCUGCGGUGUGGUAUGUCCAACCCCGCACGGCUCCCCGUAGCUGCUCAGGCCCUGCCCUGAGCAAGGGCAGGAGUUGGCGGUGCUCGCGUCACCGACUGCAUCACUGCGAUGUAAGAUUUUUGUACAUAUAUAUACUGUUUGUUAAUUGUUUGUGUAAGCUCCACUCUCUCUAUGUACCGUACUUUGGCUACUCGUAGGCAACAACUCACGUUCUCAUACCUUUGCCAGGAUAUGUUUUAACUUUUUUGAUAUUUUAAAAAACCACUCUCUACACACAGACUCUUUCGAUACAGGUACUAGUGCAUUAGUACGGCGCGAUACGAUACUCGAAAAGCAAGGUCCGAGGCAGUGAAAGCCAUCAGCCCGCGUUUGAUUAGUUUCAUUUCGAAACGCAGCAAUCAGUUACUCUGUAGAUUUUCGAUCAUGCAUAUAAACACACCCAUACAUAUACACUCAUAUGAUAUAAUAGUAGUAAGUACCUUUAGACACCUAAGGACGCCCUAUCGUAGGCCCCCGUUUCUUACGUUUCGACAACGCCCGCCCCACAUCCUAAUUUUUUAGAAGUGGUGGUGGUAGUGGAGAAAGCAAGUCAAACCACCAAGUUUUGCCUUCAUUUCUUCCGCGACGAAUGUUUCACUGGAGCACUUAAAAGACGCCAAAAUGGACGACAUGUAAACUGGAAGGGAAAUAUAGAUAAAGAAAAAACGAGAUCGGAGGAGGACAGGAGUGAGGUAGACGAUGGACGCACAUGGGCGAAGGAUUUGGAAAGGAAAACACACCGCAGGUCGAGUCGGAAUCGAAAGGAAUCGGGUUUCGAUCCAUCGUAUUUCCCUUCGCCUCGCGCGUGGUUUGUAAGUUUUGCCUUCAACAAAAAUACAGAAAGAGAUUUGUUCACGACUGUC